AUGUUGGUAUACAUGCUGUCAUCACAUGACCGGUUAGCACUGUUGAGUCUAGCCUUUAAGGAUGUGGAAGAGACAGGGCUUGAAUUAUCUCGAAACUUGCCCAUUUUCGAGCUGAUUUUGACCGUUUUCUCUCCUCCACCACGACUCACUUUGGCAGACAUACUCGGGCCUCUUCUGCGUGGCCGUCAAUCCCUACAGACGCUUCCCCAUCUACACUUCCCAAGUGGCCAUGAAGUACAAGGGCAAGCGUCGCGGAGAGAUGCCGCCUCACAUCUUCUCAAUUUCGGACAACGCCUAUCACAACAUGCUACAAGGUGA